AUGUGUGAUUUUGUGCCAGCCUCUGGCUUCACAUGUUUGAACAGCACUAGCCCAGGAACAGUUUCAGUUGUUCCUACAACUGUAUCCAACAAGGAAUCCAUACCACCAAGUGCUCUUGGAAGUACCAGCCUCCACCCUGUCUCUCAGGAGAGCAGUGGGACCACAGCAGCCAUCUCAGAGACUCCAGUCAACUUCACAUCUACCUCUGGGCUCACUCCAUUCCCUACAACCGUGAACUCAUCUGUCCAGUCACAGACAUCUUUAACCAUCACAGUGUCUUCCACCACAAUCAACUUUUCAACUACAGAGAUGACCUUGAAGUCCCACACGUCACCUAGAACUGCUUUACCUCCUGCAUACAAUAGCAUGAGCCCUAUGACAUAUUCCACUAAACCCUAUACAUCAUUUUAUCCUACCUCAGCUAUCAUCAGGAAAGAAAUCAAAUGUUCCACAGUCAAAGACGUGAAAUUGACCCAAGGUAUCUGCCUGUUGCUGAACGAGACCUCCACCUGUGAGGACUUUAAGAAGAAAAAUGAAAAGACACUGAUUCGAGUCCUGUGUGAGAAGGAACAGGCUGAGAAUGGGAUUGGGGCAUGUUCCUUGCUCUUUGUACCGUCUGAAGUUAAGCCUCGCUGCCAGCUGCUGGUGUUGGCCAACAGAACAGAACUUUCCAGCAAGCUCCAACUUCUGAAAAAUCACCAGUCUGAGCUGAGAGGGAUGAGGAUCCAAGACUUCACUGAAGAAGAUCUUAGGAGCCACCAGAGCUACUCCCACAAGACCCUGAUUGCACUGAUCACCUUGGGGAUACUGCUGGCCGUCUUGGGCAUCAUGGGCUAUUUCCUGAUGAACCGCCGCAGUUGGAGGCCCACAGGAGAAAGGCUGGGGGAAGACCCUUAUUACACGGAGAACGGUGGAGGCCAGGGCUAUAGCUCAGGCCCUGGGGCCUCCCCUGAGGCUCAGGGAAAGGCCAGUGUGAACCGAGGGGCUCAGGAGAACGGGACCGGCCAGGCCACAUCCAGAAACGGCCAUUCAGCGAGACAACACGUGGUGGCUGAUACCGAAUUGUGACUCGGCUGGGCUGGGCAAGGCUGGGCAAGGCUGGGCAAUGGCCAGGGAAGGGGCCCCUCCUUGCAUCUGACCAUGUGCUGCCUCCAUGCUGGAGGUGCUAUCCCUUAAACCUUCUACCCUUUCCCACCACACACACCUUCCGAGGCCAUUCCUGGGGCCCUGUGCUGCACCAGGCUGAGGGGUUCUCCUCACCUUGGGGAGAGGCAGGUAACCCCUGCCCUUUACACAUUCAGCUCCCUGAACCCAGAUUCUGGUCUUCUUUGAGUGGGGGAGUGAUGGGGAGAAGCCAAGAUGCAGAGAAGCUCCCAGGGGGGUUGAUGAUCUCGCAGCAUUCACGCAUUGGCCACUUCCCUCUCUCUCCUCCUCUCCGCCUCUGUACCGGAACUGCCAGGGGAAAGCAUGGGCUUUUCUGGGCUACAAUUUCCUCCCAGGAGGCUUUGCCUUUUACUGCUUCUUCCUUGUAUUUUCUUUUUCUACUUUAGGGAAACCAAAGCAACCCUUUAUACCUGCUCCCUUGUAAUGAUAUAGCCAGAAGAACUUGUUGUCUUAAACCACCUCCCUUACCCCUCCUCCAAGUCACUGUGGAUUCCAUCACCAGCUUCCCUUUUGCUUUCCAAGUUCCCGGAGCUCCGCAUGCCCCUCCCUGUCCCCAUCUGUGUACAGAGGCCUGCACAGUUUUCUGGCUGUUCCUGGAACUGGGCUCCAAGUUUCAGGACAACAUCCUGUGUCUGUGUGUUUGGGAGACAGAGUGGGGGGCGGGGGACAGUGCAUGGACACACGUGUUCCCGCUUGUGGGGGAUGAGAGCAAACAGCUCAGUCCUGAUCUCUCUGGGGCUACACAGAACCUCUGCUUGGGCUCUUGUUUCUCCUUGUGGGUCAGAGUGGACAAGACCAUGGGACCAGAUCUUUCAGGCAAGGCUCUUGACCUGUGUGCUUCUGAGGAAGCCUCUUGCUCUGAGGUCAAGACCUAGCCUUAUCCUCAGAUCUCGAUGGCUUCCACCUUCUUCCCCCAACUUCUGGGUUGAGCUAUGGCCUCAGUCCCCCAGAAGACUCCUUUCUGUCUCAUCCUCCCCCAUCCUAACCCCCUUCACUGCUCUGCAUCCCCAUGUGGUCAGGGCCCCAGGACAUCUCCAGAGGACCCUCACCACAAGCCACCUCCUCUGUGGGUGACCCAGGUCAAGGGUUUUUGUUUUUGUUUUUUUCCAGAGGGGUGAGCAGGGAUCCUGGUUUCAAUGACGGUUGGAAAGAGAACUUUCCAGAGAAAGGAAGAUUGGGUGGAUUUUUUUCUUAAUUAAAAAUGGUGUGUGUAAAUACUGUAAUUAA